CCACCCAGCGUAGCAGCAGACAGGUACCGGUGUACCGGUACCAGUAGUACUAGCUAGUACUAGUACCUCGUAGACAACCUCUCGCCACAGUCCUUCGAAGGGACUUUUACUGCCUUCCUAAUAAGAGCAAUACUUUUGCUACAAUCCAGGACACGAUGAGCUUGACUGCGGGUGACACUUCUUAUGCCAUGGAGAGGGGGCAUGCCGCAGACAAAGUUGACGAUACUCAAGCAGAGAGUGAGAGCAGCCAUGGAUCUCAUCAGGAAGAGGUUCAGCGACAGUCUGUUACUGUUGUCUCGAGUAUGGACAAGGCCAGUGAAGAUGAGGAUGGAAUAGCCCAGGGUCAGCCAGGAGAGUCAAGCCAACUCGAGAUAGAAGAGAAAGUGGAGGAUGGCAAAGAAGAUUCGAAUGAUUCCAAAGAAUCAGCAAUGGCAACAGCGGCGGCAGCGUCAACGCAAGUGGAGGAAGAAUCGUUCCAAGAAGACCUGCAAAGUCUGGAACGAAGAACAUCUACCAUCCUCUACCUGACAGAUUUUUCCACGUCGGAUACGUCUGAUGGCGAAGAGUCGGAGGAGGAAGUGGAACAACAACAUAUUGACAAAUUGCAGAAAUAUGAUGACCUCCCAAAGAAACGACCUCCCGUGGAGGAAUCUAUCAAAGACUACGAGGCUCGUGUCGUUGGAACCAAAUUGACGGAUGUUGUCAAGGGCAUGGCAGACGCUGACCUGAAACUGAAACAGAAGAUGGAUGCACACGACAACAACACGAAAAUGGAUCAUCGCGGUUGCGAGGAAGAACGCAUCAGUUGCAAAUCGUCCGACCUGCGAGAUCUCUCGCUCGAGUUUAGGAAACAGCAGGACCAUGACCAUGGACACAAUAAUGAAAGGACUGUGGGCAUGGGAGUGCCCAUAUCGGAUGCCAUUCGACGGCGGACCAGUGGCAUGUCCUUACCUGGAGCCGUGCCCAUGCCCGGAUUGUCCGAUCAUUCCGGUGGUGGGGAGUCGAUACGAAACGAGCUGGGUAUUUCCGAAAUUUCCGUGGAUAUGACCGGUGAAGUGCCACCAUUGUCUCGUCCCCACGCAUAUGACACUGUGCCUCCUCCGGAAGAAGCCUUGUUGAGUGCAUUGUUGGUAGAGGACAACUCGUCAGAGUUGGAAGCCCGAGUACGGCAACAGAUCAUGCUGGAAGCGGUGGAGGCAUGUGAGGUUACGAAUUUGGACAGUUCCAUGCAUUCCGCAAGCACAGUCUCCCGUCUUUCUAUACAAUCCAUCACGACAAGCAGCAACAAAUACUCUGUCCUCCUGAUUGUUUCUGUGGUGCUAGUGGUGGUGAUGCUUGUUGCGCUAGCUGUGGGUGUGGCUGUGGGAUUGCACCUUUCCAACAAGAACCACGAGACGGAAAAUCCUAUAGCCACCGAUACCAAUGGUACAGUCGCCGCAACAGCGGCACCGUUGGAAAAUCUUGUAGGGCCAGGAUCUACCAUGGCACAAAUACGGCAACGAGGACUACUGCGCUGUGGCGUGUACGAUUCGGAAAUGUUGAUCAACGUGGAACAUUGUCGCGCAGUGGCUCUGGCCUUACUGGAUGAUCCCGAAAAGUUUGAAAUUGUCAUUACUCAAUCGUGGCAGGAAGUGGCCAAUGGGACAGUAGACUUUUUGGCAAUGGCAACACAUACCAUGGGGCGAGAUAUAUGGGAACCAUCCACAGAAAUAGCACUGCAAUUCACUGUCCCGUUCUUGUAUACUGGAAUGGCCUAUGGAGGAGAACCCACCAUGGUGGAGUGUGCCGAAAACAAAGACACCAUUCAAGGUGAUUGUCGGCAGCUUCGUAUUUGUGUGGGUGCCUGGUCGACGCACGUGCAAAUUGUCGAAGAAUUGCUACCAGCGACCUAUAUUGUGCCAGUCGAACAAACAGAUGAUUUUAUCAACUUUUUCAUUCAAGGCGAAUGCAAUGUCAUGGCCCGUGAUGCCGUUUUCCUGUCAGAAGAACCACUGCGAGACGAAGGAUACACUGGCCCAUAUGCCGUGGGUCGAAUGGUGUUUUCACGUGAGCCACUGGGCAUGGUGUCACGAAGAGGCGAGGAUACGCAAUUCUCGGAUCUGUUGAAUGCCGUGAUACAAGUAUUCUACAACGCCGAGUCCCGAAACUUUACUCAAGCCGAAGCCGUGGAACUACUGGAUUCUCCAACCGUGGCCGAACCUACCCAGAACUCUGCACUGUUUGCAUUGAUGGUGAGACUGGUUGCCGAAUUUGGUCAUUAUGGCGAGCUUUACGAACGCACCAUGGAGGACAUUGUUCCGAGAGAUGGCCUGAACUUGCUCCACAGAGCAAACGAUGGGGGCCUUCUGUAUUACUUCCCUUUCGGAGACCUCGACGCGUUGGGACCGGAUCCACUUCAAGGAUCAACACUCGCAACAAUAUUGGAACGAGGGCAUCUGAUUUGUGGUGUAGUUCCUCGUCGUGGCUUUGCCGAGAGCCAAAACGUCGUCCAAGGAGUCCGGUCGUGGCAAGGCUUCUCCAUCGAGUUUUGCAAGGCGUUGAACGCUGCAAUUCAUCUUGGCGAGACGGAUACGGUCGAGAUUGUGGACGUUACCGAUGAUCGUUUCGCGAUGUUAGAAAGUGGAAAGGUGGAUGUCAUAGCUGGGGUCCGAGUCACUAUGCAGAAGGAUGUCGAGGAGACGAGCACGAUGGCUGGCUUCACUUUUUCAACACCCAUCUUCCAUGAUAGGCUAGGUGACUCUUACGCACUUGUUACAAGCCAGGAAGACGGACAAUGGUCUGCUUUCGUUCAUUGGGUUGUCAUGGCAACAAUAUACGCUGAAACAGAGGGAGUUUCGAACUCAACUCCGUUUGAUAUGCCCACAGUGAGCUUGUUUGGCCAACAGUUCAAACAGAUGUUUCUGGAUUGCAUCGCGGCAGUGGGUUCUUACGGGGAAAUAUACGAAAGGACACUGGAGGACCUUAUCCCUCGUUCUGGAGGCAACCUUUUGAACGACGACUUUAGCAAUCCACAAGUGUAUGCAGUACCGUUCAACUGA